AUGGAGUCGACGACGCAGCACGGCAGCUGCCUCUGCGGUGCGAUUCGCAUUGAAGUUGAUCAAUCUGUCGACGCAAAACUCGAGACAUCGGUCUGCCACUGCUUGGAAUGUCGCAAGAUCACCAGCGGUGUUGCGUCUCUGAACUGGACCGUCCCAUCCACUGCGAUGAGGUAUAUCCAAGGCAGCCCAAAGUCGUACACAAAAAAGCAUGGGGAGAAGGGCUUUCUCUUCACUGUAUCAUUCUGUGGAUCAUGCGGCAGCGUUCUCGCUUGCUCUCUUCCAGACAAAGAAAACAUCGUCGUGAUCCAGGCAGGGAUUUUAGACGACCCCGCCGUGUUAAUGCAAACACCUACUACAGAGCUUAAUAUUACACAUCGAGUCAUGUGGCUUGAUCCGGUUGGCAGCACGCAGCAGAAGGAAGGGUACUGA